GAGCAUCAUCUACAGUACUGUCAGUGCAGGCCUGGGGCUUGAUGUGCGUUCAUAUAUUUGCUCUGUCUCCAUCUACUGGAGAAGAUUGUUGGAUUGGCCAGCAGGCUCCCUGGCUAGACUGAGUUCAGAACCAUAAAGGAAACAACCAGAAGAGCCCUUCGAAGCCCAAAUGUAUUUAUCCUCCGCCUCGGAAUUUGGUUGUUUUUGGCGAUGGUUGACAAAUCAGAGAAAUGAGGGUUUUGAGGAUAUAUCUGCAUUUCAGGUGUCUAUGUUUUGCUGAAUUUCCUCCCCACCUCAGACACUGACAGCAGCAGCCAAGUCCCGGAGUCCUGCUAUCCCGUGGAUUUAUCACGGCACCGAGGUAAGAUACGCAUGGAACAUGGCUGCUAUGAGGACUUUAACCGUGGCAGGUCUCUUUUUGGCAUUUUGCGCUAUGGGACUGAUAGCAAUAGCGAUCAGCACCGACUACUGGUACGAGACUGACGCGAGGAGGCACCGGGAACGCUGCAAGAAUUAUUCAAACAAAAGAAACGAUCCCGGCUACAUUUACAUCUCCAACAACAACCUUCCACUUCGUAUGUUGCCAAAGGAGAAAAACGUGGAGAGAAAGGACUCAGAUGUUAGCGGCAAAAUGCUGCUACGGGCCAAGCGGCACUUCUUGCCUCCUGCCCCGGCCAUGGAGUCCCUCUGCAGUCGGCAGUACAACUCCACCAUCACCGGACUGUGGAGAAAGUGCCACCGAGAGGCAUUUGACUUGGAGACAGAGGAUCUGAUCUUUAAAGGAUUGGUUCGGCGCUGCACGCCAAUAAAAUACUACUACUCAUCAUCAGCGUUGCCCAGAAAUCUGCCAGUCAACCUGACGAAGACAAUAAGGCAGGAUGAGUGGCACGCGCUACACCUCCAGAGGAUGACUGCCAGCUUCAUAGGCAUGGCCAUAUCCAUCAUCCUGUUCGGCUGGAUCAUAGGCGUGCUGGGAUGCUACAAAGAGCAUGAUCUGAUGCAGUAUGUCGCUGGACUUCUCUUCCUCAUGGGAGGAACAUGCUGCAUCAUUUCCCUUUGUACAUGCGUUGCUGGGAUCAACUUUGAGCUGUCGCGCUAUCCUCGCUACAUGUUUGGCAUGCCAGAGGACAUCAGUCACGGUUAUGGCUGGUCCAUGUUUUGCGCUUGGGGUGGACUGGGCCUGACGUUGUUGGCUGGUUUCUUGUGCACACUGGCUCCUUCCCUCUACCCUCCUCCGCACGCCCCUGUGGCGCACAAGCCCAGACAGGAAAACGGAUGUGUGUGACAGGUCGCUGCACUUACAAUAGACACCUGUCUCAUCCUGAAACAGUGACGAGCCCUGUUCCAGAGACAGUAUUACCCAGGGACUCAGAGCAGAGCCUGGCACAGAGAAAGCAGAGGACACUGGACACUGACUCUCACUCACAAGAAAAUGAAAAAAGAACUGACAUUUGACUUAAGACGAUUUCACGGUGCUUUUUCCUGUCCCUCUUUAUGAAUGAACUGUUCAGUCUUAUUGCUUGCUCUUCAAGAGGAGAAUAAUUAUACACAUUUCCUCCAGUAAAAUCUGAUAGUUUGAGAAGAUUAAAAUAAAUACUGGCAGGAAAUCAAUAGCACAACUCGGGACUCUGUAUACAACAUGUGUAAUGCCACAUUUAAAAAGGGCAACUGUGUAUCAUUAUGUACCCAUUCAAAAUAACAUAUGUACAUUUACCUUUUGAAUUGUAUGUAUGCAGAUGCAUUUGUGUUGAUUCAAGAAAAAAAAUGUAAGCAUUACGAUGUUGUUUUUGAGGUCUUACUCCCAUCAAAAUAUUUUUAAAAAUAAAACGGCCAUGCCAAACUAUUCCUCCUCCACUCCCCCCACUUUGUAACAUGCUGAACAUACAUCAUACAUUUCUCUGUGGUUGUUUUGAGCCUCACAUAAUGACAUGAGUUCCCUGGUAUGUCAGCAGACUUUUAUAGCAGCAGACAUUUGUGUUGGAAAGAGACAUUUGCAGGCGCCUGGUUUAUUCAACCACUUGUGAGCACUUCAGUGCAAAAAACAUCAGUAGCCAAAACUUAAAUCAAACUUGACCAAAGCCAAGUGAUAAAACAGACAAAAACAAAACAACCCAAAUAUAAUACAAUGGAAAAAGUAAAGUUAUUUUCCACUGUGCAAUACAAUGAAAUAAAACCUUAUUUAAAAAUUUCAACUAUAUAUUUGCAAAAAAAUACAUCCAAAUAAGGAAAUGGAAAAUUCUCUGACUACAUACUGUAAACAUACUGACAAAGGAACAGAUUUGUACUUUGUUAUAACAGAUUAAAUUAAAUAGGGCUGUUUUUUUUCAACUUAGCUAAACUUUCAUACCAGCCACUGUGAGCUGAAAUUACUUUUCCAUAGCUUUUAUGAGAAAUUACAUCUUGCUGUCAUCUAAUUUAAAUGCAGCUUCACUCAUUUCCUGAGGUUUCUCUGCUCUUUAGAUUCUCCUCUUUACUACUAGAAAGCUCAAGCGAUAAAAGCUGCAGCGACAGCUGGUUAAAAUCAUAUUGGUGACUGGAGUUAUUACAAGUGUCUGAUGU